AUGCCACCUUUAUCUACAUCAGCGACCUCAUUCAAUCAACAACAGCACGAUUAUUAUUAUCAUCCACAAGCUGGAAAUGCCCGGUUUCCAAAUCAAUUCAUGAACUAUAACUCCUCGUCGUCACCUACGAUAUUAUAUGAAUCGAUACCGCCACCUCCCGCGUACUCCUCAUCGUCACCCUAUUAUAGUUCAAAUACUAACAUUAGUCGUCAACAACACCCGAGAAGAGUCUCUAUCUCCACGUCUUCGGUAUCAAGGGGUUAUUAUAACAACGAAAAAACGCAUUCUGGGCGUCGAUUUUCUGCUUCAUGGGUCAAUGAAAAGAAUAGUAGUAAUAAUGUUAAUAUUAUUGGGACGAAAACUCCAACGCGAAGAACUUCUGUGUCAUCGAUGACCCCUUCGCGCAGAGGAUCACUAACAAGAGUCAGAGCGAAAGAUGAAUCAGAUGUAUCGUCAAUAAUGUCAGAUUCGAUGGUUGACACAAACAAAUUAUCGUCUCCGUCCGGCGCUAAAGAAUUGAUCACCGCCACAGAUAAAGCAGUUGCAGCCACAGAUAAAGCAGUUGCAGCCACAGAUCAGGCCAUCGCGGUGUAUCGAGCUCGACGUGAAAGCCUAAGGAAAUUUUUGGAGACUAGCUGGCUUGAAAUCGAUAGCUUGGAUUACUAA